GUUGCACGUAGAGACCAGUGUUGUUUGUCCUGCUCGGAGGACGGCUUGUUUAGAUGAAAAUUAGGUUGCAGCUCGUUGUAUACCGUACAGCGGUAGGAAAGAGGAGUCAACUGUGUUUUAACAACGUUUCGCUUUUGAGUAAUUAACCCGGGAAUUUUGAGUCCGUGAAUAGAUUUCCAACUUUGUAGAACCCGGGUUCUUGCCUUGGUUGUCACCACAACGACAUUUUGGGAUGUUUUACUAGAAGGCACGCAUCUACGCCUCGCUCGAACAUUUCGGUACUCAUUCUCCGAAUUGCGUAACUGUCGAGACAAAAUUGUGAAGAUCUAAACCAACACAUUUUCCCGACAAUAUGGAUUCCGCCAAUCAAGACAUCAAUUUGAACUCUCCACAUAAAGGUCUGGGCACUGACGCGCUCUCAGAUGUGCCAGAGGAGAAAGGGGCAGCGGGUGUGAAUCCAGUGACUCUCCCCCCAGGACUUACAGAGGAGGAGGCAGAGGAAUUGAGACUAGAGCUCACCAAGGUUGAGGAGGAGAUCCACACCUUGCGACAGGUUCUGUCGGCUAAAGAGCGCCAUGCAUCGGAGCUGAAACAUAAACUGGGCCUCAGCACCCUAAGUGAGCUCAAACAGAACAUCACCAAAAGCUGGCAGGACGUCCAGACCUCAAAUGCCUAUGCCACAGUGGCAGAGAAGCUGGGCCAGUGGAAUGAGAAGGUUACAGAGUGUGAUAUAUAUCUUUCAGCUUCAGCCACUCUGGAUGACAUUACCAGCUCUGAAGUUUAUAAAAAGACUCAGGAAACACUGUCUCAGGCUGGACAGAAGACCUCGGCUGCCCUCACCACCGUGGGCACAGCCAUCAGCAGGAAACUGGGAGACAUGAGAGCUCUCCCUUUCUCUAACUCCUUUGGUAGCAACUACUCAAUUCGCCAUUCAAUAAGUAUGCCAGCAAUGAGGAACUCUCCAGCCUUUAAAUCAUUUGAGGACAAAGUCGGAAACAUCAAGGAAAAGGUGGUUGGAGGGAGAGCCAAUGGUGAAAGCGCCCACUCUCCCAAUGAGUCGAACUCAGUGCAGGACAACGCUCCGUUCUGAGAGCCCACCCUCCUGACUUAAACACUCAUAUUAUUUCUUUAUGAAUCCUGACUACACCCACACUUCAGUUCUCUCUCCCUCCGUUUCUCUCUUAAUUAUUUUAUCCCUUCUUCCUCUGACACCCCUCCACCUACUGCUAGCAUGUGCUUGCCUGAUCGCACCAUUAAAAACACACCCUACAGGUUCUGUGCCAUGAAAUCAUUACAGGUUGUACAAAAAAAAAUGUUUGAAUCAUUUUAUAUUAUAAACUAUUUUACACUGCUCUGCAUAAAGUUUUUACAUAACUUUUAUCGAUAUAGGAAUAUAAAUAACUAUUUAAACGUUACUGCCAAGCAGCAUUCAUCAGAUAGUAGAAUGGUAAAAAUAAGGUUGCAAGAUGUUAAUCUAAAAGGGGGAGGAUAUUAGAUAACAUUAGAUAACAAAUGCUGCAAUUUUCUAUGCUGCUGAACGUUCGGUUGAGUUAUUUUCUACUCUUAGUACAAUGUGAAUUAAUGCUUUACUGUACACUUGUGAAUGUCUGAUCUUCUCAGUCUGCCUUACACACUCAAAGUGAUCAAACUUUUUUUUCUUUCUAGAAAACUAUACAUCUAGUAGUUUGUUUUCUCUUUAUUCUCUUUGUACCUUUGCUCUUUCUUGCUCUUGUUCAAUUGAAAUUUCAAAUGGAUGAGAAUGUUUUAUUUAUGCUGUGCUUGUCAGAAAUUGCUUGCCUUCGAUUUGUGCCAUGCUAUGUAUGCCAGUUAGCAGAUGCCCAGGUUUGGGAGGGUUACUUUUGAAAUGUAUUCCACUACAGAUUACAGAAUAUAUGCUGUAAAAUGUCAUUUGUAACAUAUUUAGUUAGAUUACACAAGGUCAGUAACGUAUUACAAAUACUUUGGAUUACUUCUUCAGCACUGGUAGAUUUUUUCACUUGUUUUGACUAUAAAAAGUCUGCCAGUACAGAAAGACAAAAUACAUGUUAAAAAUACCUUCUCUGAAAAACCUAAAUAUCUUAUGCAGUGUUGCUUUUAAAACAAGAUUAAUCAAAAUUAUCUUGUUUUACGGAUUUUUUGAUGUUUUACAGGGAAACAAUACAUAAAUUAUAAUCAAGAAUAUGAUUUUUGCCCUAAUAUCAAAGUUUUACUAGUUAAAAGAAAUUAUGAUCCAAUGUGAAGUUUCUUGAUAAUAAAAAUAUGAUUGUGUUUGGUAACAUGUGCAUGUAAAAUGGCUAGAAAUAGCAUUUUAGCUUAGCGUAAAGCUGACAAUUUACACAAGGUUUAUUUCUAUUUCUUCUGCUCCAAACUUCAAACUUACUUCUCUGUCUGCUCGUAUGAAUGUAACACAUCAUAAGAAAGUGUUUCACUGCUGUUCAAAUGCACUUUGGAUCACAUCAUUUAUAUGGAGACAUUUUUCCAUCUGAAAGGACUAAAUAUUAAAUUAAUCAAAUGACAAUAAAAUGCAAAGUAAUCUCUUCAGUAAUCAACAUACUUUUUCAAUGUAACUGUAGUGGAAUACAGUUACUUAUAUUUUGUACUUUAAAUAUGUAAUCCCAUUACAUGUAUUCUGUUACUCCUCAACUCUGCAGAUGCCAUAGACAUUUUGGUGUCAAAAUGUUUCAUGCACCAAAACUAACACAUCAGAAUGUAUUGGAGUAUAUUUCACUAUUGGUAAAUGGUAACUUUUUUCCCCUUCUUUUUUUUUUAUGUUUAUCCUGUUAUUGCAUACACUUUAAUGUGUGUCAUUGGGUGGCCUUGUUUCAGUAUAUUACACAAUGAUUACAUGUUUGACUGGGUGAGAUGUGAGGCAUUUUGUACAUUUGACUGACAGAUGAAGAGGAUUACAUCUACACAGAGCUGCUUGACAUAACCUUCUAUAGGAAUUCACGUGUUAUGCCAUCAUACUAAAUAAGCGGAUACUCCUGUUGUUAAAACAUUCAGAGAGCAGGAACAUUUAUUAAAUAUCUUUAUUAUUAUUAUUUUAACUAGUACGCACACAAAUUAUAGGGGUAGGUUGUUGUUUGGGGAACAGGCACCAUAGCUUUAAAUUAGGUAUCUCAGUCUUGCUGUCCAGAAAUAAAGGCUCUGAUUGUUUCUUUUAAAACAACAGUGGUGUAAUACUUCUCAUGUAUGUUUGUAUAUCAAUAAAGCAUUACUUCAAAUGG